ACGCUAACAGUGAAAUUUAUCAUGACAUGCGCAAUAGCUAUAGCUCAAACCAUUAGAGAGCAGCCAUGGCCACCCCAAUGAACCUCACUUCCAACUUCUUCUUCUUCAUCUUCACCGUUACAAUCAUCUACGUAGCCUACACCUUUCCCAAGCUCCAACAAAAUCAAACAAACCUCGCAUUCUACGUCCACGAACACUUCACUGGCGAAGACACAACCGCGGCAACCGUGGCCGGAAAGGCAGGCCCCACCUCCAACAUCUUCCACUUCGGCACCGUUGCAGUGGUGGAUGACCCAGUAACAGUGGGACCCAGCGUCGACUCAAAAGUCAUCGGAAGGGCCCAGGGACUUUACAUAAACUCGCAGCUUGACGGAAAAGGGUUGCACAUGGCAUUCUCGGUGAUAUUCACCGAUGGAAAGUUCAAAGGAAGCACGUUGGAGAUUCAAGGCUCUGAUAUAUCCGGAAUGAAGGAACGAGAAUUUGGUAUUGUUUCUGGGACCGGUUAUUUCCGGUUCGUCAAAGGGUAUGGGGUUAUGGAAACGGUGUUCAAGGAUUUAGCUAAGCUCAGAGGAACGCUUAAACUCAAUGUAACGGUCAAACAUUAUUAAUUAGAUUUUGUAGUUUAAAAUCUUUUGUCAUUAGUUGAACUAUUGCGCUAGAUCUAUCAAUAGAUUUCUUCAACAAGUUAUUUUGA